AUGUCUAAGUCACAACAAAUAUCUGUUACCACCCAGAAAGAUGGGAACAUCCAGCAAGAUAACCCCGAAAAAAUCCUGGCCGAUAUUGAAAGUGAAUCACCAAAAGUAAAAAUAUGUAUUACCGCUCAGCAAGAUAAAACCGAAAAAAUCUUUUUUACUAAAGUUUUAGAUCAAUAUCAUGAAUUUAGGAAAAUUGUAUUUGUAUUAUUGAUUAUCAGUUUUUUAAUUUCAUUCCUCGCCCUUUUUAUUGCGGUAUAUCUCAUAAGACAUGAAAGCCCAGACAACAUUAUAUCUUUAGCUUUUCUCAACUCUUAUCGAGAAACUCCUAAUUCUAUUCAAAAUGCUGUCAAAUCUGACACGGAUAAAUUAUCAAAUAUUUUACCCUUUAUAGUUGAUUCCUUAACAGCAUUAUUAAGUGGUGGAGGAAUUAUUAUAGGACUUAAAAAUUUCUUUUUCUCAAGUAAAGAAUAUAUAAAUCUGAUGCAUAAACCCAUAGAAAAUGAAUCAGAGGAAGUAGAUGGUACCAGACGAGUGAUCAAAAGACUGAAAUGGACAAAAAAUAUAUAUGCUCUCAUUACUACAAUCAUCUCUAUCAUUAUAUUGAUUCUUGUUAUUUUAAAUUUUAUACGCUUAACCACUAUUUAUAACGAUACAUCAGAUGUUGAUGAUUGUAAACUUUUUAAUGAUUGCUUUAGUUAUGUUAAAAGCGUCAAUUUAACAGUUGGUGAAAAUUUUUUAAUAUGCCCUAUCAACAAUAACUCUACAAGUAUCUUUAACAAUAAAUUAGAUGUUUGUAGAUUCGUUCUAGGAUGUAGCACUCGUUGUCCUAAAUUUGAUCCAAAUAACCCUGAAAAUCUUUAUUUAUGCCUAUUUACUAACGGUUCUGCUUAUAUUAAUACCACUUACAUUAACGAUUAUGUAUGUAUACCUCCGGCGUUUAAUUCUCAGAAAACGUUCAAUCAUUACGUGACAAAUAAUAUCGUCGUGUUAGCAUUAGGAGUUAUUGCAAUGAUUCUAAAUGUAUGUUUGUUGAUUUUUUAUUUUGGAUGUUUUGGUACGGCUAAAAUUCGAAUGGAAAAGGAUACAAAGAAAAAUCUUUAUAAAUUAGCUUGUUAA